AGUUCCAGAAUCUUCUUCUCCGUCAAGAAAAGAAAACCCUUACACAGAAAAUGGCAAAAGGGCUAAAAGUUUCUAGCAGCUUCUCCAUUUUCCUUCUUCAUCCCAUCUCGCUCUCUCUGUAUCCCGUUCAAACGCGGCAAUGGCGGACGAGCUGGCGCUGGACCUGGAGGAGCUGAGGCAGCUUCACAGCAUCGCGAAGCGCCCCCGUGUUCUCUCCCUCAUCUCUUCCGAAAUCGGAAAUCUGGAGAAGCUCUCAAGUGCAAGAGCUUCACAAGCUGCAGUUCCUACUCCGGCUAAGGUGCCUUCUGCUCCAUCUUUGAUAUACACUAGUCUUGGAUCUUUCAGCUGGGAUCAGGACAGCGACAAGCUCAAGAUUUACAUUCCCCUGGAGGGAGUUGAUCAGGAAAAGGUGCAAACUGAGUUUAAGCCGAUGUCGGUUGACAUUAAGAUCCAUGAUGUUCAAGGAAAGAACUAUCGGUGUGCGAUACCCAAGCUGCACAAGGAGAUUGUGCCUGAGAAAUGUAAGGUGUUGGUGAAGCCUACAAGGAUUGUUGUCACACUAGUCAAGGCUACAAAAGGGAACUGGCUAGAUCUACAUUUCAAAGAGGAUAAGCUGAAGCCAAGCGCUGACAAAGACAAAGACCCGAUGGCAGGAAUUAUGGAUCUGAUGAAGAACAUGUACGCGGAAGGGGAUGAAGAGAUGAAGCGGACCAUCGCAAAGGCAUGGACUGAUGCUAGAUCUGGAAAAGCAGCAGACCCACUGAAGGGAUUCCAAUGAGAUAUUAUGCCAGGCUUUGCAAAGCCUAGAAUUUUUCAAUGUGAGUUUGCCUUUCAUGUUUUAUUAUAGGGGGCGAAAAUCCUUUUGGAUUCUGCCAUUUGGUACUUGAGCUCAUUUUUGAGUGUUUCUUUUGCAUGGUUGGAAAUGUUGAACUGCUAUCUUGUAGUCUUUCGGUAGUGUAUUAACAGACCCUUGCUGUAAAAUUCCUGGGUUCAUCUUGGUAUGCUUUUAACUUUUGUUUGCGAUCUUACAUCA